GGAACAUGCUCACCUUUAGCUUUUGAAGUAGCCAUUAUCAUAUAGGGUCAUGCAUGAUGAAAAUAGUGGCACAACUCUUUGCCUGAUUAUGUCCUAUAGGUUCGAUUAAUUUUAUGGUUUUAUGCAGGAUUGAUAUCCAAUCAAAUACGAGGUGUUUCCAGUCUCUCUAUUGGGUAAACUUAAAUGACACAUCAUCAUUUGAAAUGAAUUCUUGCUUUUAUCAUUCUUUUUGAAGUAUCUAAUUGUUGAAUUUUCUUUCAUCUAUGGACUCAGUACCUUCUCAAUGAAGUUGCAUUGGAGCCUACAAGGUUAAAUAAAAUUCCAAUACAGGCCUAGAGGGAUCUGUACCUUUUCAUGUCAAGGGUCAUAUUCUUUUACAACCCAGGUUGGGUUUGUCCUUUUUCCCUUUGAAACCUUGAUUUUGAACAAUAAUGUACAUAUAAAUGGAUAUUCCUUUUAUGAUGUUUUACUCUAUGCGGUUGAAAAACUCAAAAGCUUCAUAAAGCUAUGUCCCACAUUUCCAAAUGCUUCAAUGGUUGGUGGACCAGCAGAUAUACUAAUUAUUGAACUAGCAGACCAGCUUCAAAAAUUGAAAGUGGAGCCUGUCGUACUGCAUGAUCUUGGUCAAAUUAAAGUUCUUCGAGGUAUGGAACUGAGGAUUGCAACAAGUACGAGGCUGAAAACCUGUUUAUAUAGCUUUACAUCCCCUGGUGGUCCCAUGUAUCCUACAAGUGCUGUGCGUCAUGCAGCUCGGGAUGCCCUAGAUUUGCUUUUUCCUGUAAUCAAUCCUAGCUGAUUGGAUGGUUUGGGCCUAUUGUGUUUCGUGUAACUCAUUAUGGAUGAUUGAACUUCGCUGGUUGGACGACACCCUCGACACCUUAUAAGUUUGUUCUUUAGACUAUUAUAUCCCAGGUAUUGGCCUUCUUCAUGUUGGUACUUCAUAACCUAUUAUAUCAAUGUUUUGUUGUAUUGCGUGUUGAGGUUUAUCUUUUCUAGUUGGGGGAAGCUUAGAAAGCCGAAAAGGGCCCAACCAUCGCCCAGAUGACAAACACGAUUGGGUAAUAUUAACAUAUUAUGCAUUAACU